CAGUACAACAACAAAUAUAUUGAAAACAUCUUCCUUCUUGGCCCCUUUUGCUUUAUUUAGUUAAUUUACCACAGUGCAUUUGUUUGAUCUAUCUUUGUCACCAUCUCUCUGCCAAUGUCAGCAAGUGAAGUGAAAUCCCCCAUCAUCGUCCCAAGAGUUUCAACUGACCCUGACAUGCAUUGCCGCUUCUGCACCUUCCAGCCACUGUCCCGUGAGGAGGCUCUAGAGGAGCGCUUCCUACUAGACUCCAUUGCUUGGCCUGAAACUCCACCUUUAACAGCUCCUGUUUCCCUGGAGCAGACCAGUGAUCCAGCUCACAGCACCUUCACCAUUCUCCCAACGAGGGGAAGAGGACAGUGGCACGUAGGGGAUCAGCUGGAGGUUAUCAUACAAAUUUCUGACUUCCAGGGCCGUCCCAAGAAGUCUGGGGGGGACUUCUUACUCGCCCGGCUGCACAACAGGAAGCUUGGUGCAGGUGUGGCUGGGCAAGUAGUGGAUCAUCUUAAUGGGAGCUACUCUGCUGUAUUCUCUUUACUCUGGGAAGGAGACGCGCAGGUUGAGGUGACGCUGGUUCAUCCUAGUGAGGCCGUCACAGUGUUGCGCAGGCUCACCAACGAACAGCCUGACAGGAUUUACUUCAAGAGCCUCUUCCGCUCAGGCUCACGCUCUGUAACUACCAUCUGUAACGUCUGCCUACGUCCAACCCAGCAGCCGCUGUGCAACUUCACUGACGUCCGUACAGGCGAGCCUUGGUUCUGUUACAAGCCAAAGAAGUUGAGCUGUGAUGCCAGGGUCAACCACGUCAGGGGAGGAUACAAACAAACCAUCAAGGCCAAGGAGGAGAAGCUCUUUCAAAGUGGUGUCAACAUGAAAGUCUCCAUUCGGGUUUCAGGACCUGCCAGUGUCACCGUGUUGCAAAAAAAGGAAGCUCAACCAAAGGUGCAGAGCACCAGUGUGACAUCUGGUCCUUCUGGUUAUUACUACCAGGAUGUGUGGCAAGCAUUAAGUGGAACCACAGUUCGCCAAUUCAACACCGCUGCCAUGAUUCAGUGUCUGAAAGGCAAGGUGGUCCACCUGCAUGGAGACUCCACUAUCAGGCAGUGGUUUGAAUCCCUCAACGCAGCUCUACCAGAUCUGAAGGAGUUUGACCUGCACAGCCAGAGGCAAAUUGGACCUUUCAUGGCCUUGGACUAUGUAAACAACAUCUUGGUGACGUUCUGCUGCCAUGGCCCUCCUAUCUGCUUUUCCAAGGUCCCAACCAGCGAGCUUCGUUACAUUGCCAAUGAACUAAAUGGCUUAACCGGAGGUACCAACACUGUUGUAGUUUUUGGCAUCUGGUCUCACUUCAGCACUUUCCCCGUGGAGAUCUAUAUCCGGAGGCUGCAGAGCAUCCGCAGGGCGGUGGUGCGGCUGCUGGACAGGGCUCCAGGAACGCUGGUCGUCAUCCGCACCGCAAACCCAAAAGCUUUGACACUUUACGAGACAAUAACCAACAGCGACUGGUUUUCGCUGCAGCGUGAAAAGGUGCUCAGAGCCGUGUUCAAAGGACUGAAUGUUCAUCUGAUCGACGCCUGGGAGAUGGUUCUGGCCCACCACCUGCCGCACAACCUCCACCCAGAACCUCCCAUUAUUAAGAAUAUGAUUGACGUUCUCUUGUCCUACAUAUGUCCUCAAAAGGGUGGCUAGAAUAUGUUUUGUUGGGGGGAAGAAGUGAGGAUUAAAGCACACGUUGAGUUUA